AUGUCUGUCAGCAGUGUCACUCAUGAUCGACACUUGGAAGAAAUCGGGAUCCACGAGGGUGGCGAGAACGGUCAGUUCAAGAAGAACGAGGAUGGUUUGCCAAUUCCAGUUCAAGACACCAUGGACGCCUUCAUCCACGGGCUCAACGCUCUCCCAGAGGACGAGGCACGGAAGUUGAGGCGUGCGAACCGGCACGGAAUCAUCCUCUCGCCCGAGCCUCCAUAG